AUGAUUAACAACAGAACGCGGCACAUUGCAACUGUGCAGGAAAGGCAAGGACACAGUGGAAUCAGAACUUGCACCGUUGACACGGAUAAGAGCAGGAACAUCGGCAAAGGAUCCAAGGACUUCGUGACAGAUAAAAGACAUAGUAGGCGACAAAUCCGAGCAAAGCGCCUUGCAAAGUUACAGGCAGGACCUACGUCUAGUAAUUCCCCAACCCCUUCACCUGCCUCACCUGGGCCUUCAAGUUCAACCCCCGUACUAGCCCGGCAGCUCCCACACCCAAAACAAAAACCUCCUUCUACUCUACCUCAAUCAACAACCCUGCCCCCUCAAUGUCAUGUCCCUUUGAAGAGGAAGUCCACACCUACUCCCACAGUCGAUUACCAGACAUGGGAGAACGACACAAUGUCUACAGUCCUUAAGGUUACACUUAGCAAAACAACCGCUGAGGCAAACGAGUAUGAUCUCGUGUGGCUCAAACAUCUUCAGGCUGAGCUUGAGUCUGAGGGUUACCGUACAUCUUUUCUACAAUCCACUUACAAUUUCACUGACAUAGCUUUAAUAGCUUGUAUGACUCUUAUGAGCGAUAUCAUGGAUCACUCCUCCGAGUCAUUACUCGCCUCUCUCCCUCCUCAUUCCGUCUUCGAGUACCUUGUAGGCUGCUGGAAGCGUAUCAACACUGCCAAAUCAACUUUACUCAAGAAGAACUCUGUCUCUGAAACCCAGCAAGCCACUGCACUCCUCGACAAGCUCAGAGACCUCAUCAUCAGUUACACAGGUCUUAAUCUUUCAGGAGCCAGAAAUGUUCCCGCCACCCGCCGACUGCUCACACCCUUGCUCUCCCUUUCUACCCUAUCUACGCCUCUGUAUGCAUCCACAACCACCCCUCAAACCGCACUAGCUCCCACAAAGGAUGAACUGUUAAACACACUGAGCACCAUCAUCCACACCCUCGUCGCGCACUCCCUCAUCAUGCCAUCUGAGGGCAUCAGCGGAAGCGGCGGGAACUCAGCAUGGCAUGGCGUCAUAGGCGGCAUGGAAGCCCUCGUUGGAGUAAAGCCCAUCGCAGAUAUGAUCACGAAGAAUGCCGCAAUGGCUCGGCGAGGGUUUCAGGGUAUUGUGCAGAUAUACUUUAGUGACCCGACAAAACACAGUCGUGUGGAUGCGGAUGUUGAAUCAUUGAAUGCAAGUUUGAGAGGGACAUUGAAGAGUUUGCAGUCCUCCCUCUUCCAAACAUUUAAUACCCUUGUGCGCACGUCUCCCGAGGCGCGUGAGUGGGUAUUAGAAUACUUUGCAACAGUAGUAUGUCUCAACGUAAAAUGUGCAGGAAUGCAGGACGGCUUCAUGGUCAGUCUACAGAGCGUGCUGCUGAGAUUUGCAGAGCCCUUUAUGGAUGCAAGGUAUACAAAGAUGGACCCUGCAACGCCCAACUUCAUCUCCGACAUUUUCUAUCUCUGCAAUGCGCUGGGACACUAUGGAUACAUAUGCACGAUUCAGGUGUACGAGGACUUGGGGAAGACUCUUGGUGAUUACCAGAGGCGUCAUGAUAUGAUUACUGGGGAUGGGUCGUGGAUGGGGACACCUCAACAAGCGCAUGUACAAGCUGCUAUUGACAACGCUAAGAACGAAAUGUCAAAGAUCCAGUCCCAACAACUUGCGUACCACUUUAUUAUUGAGGAUGUGGUAGAGUUCUUUUUAUUUGUUGUGCGGCACUCGCCAGAGAGUCUCAACUUGUCUGGGAAGGACGAGCUUGUGAUCUUUGCGCUGACGUUUCUUACUUCAACGUGGUACAUCAAGAACCCGUUCUUGAAAGCUAAUAUCCAUGAGGCGGUAUUUUACAGUGUGUUGCCAUAUGGAAACAAUAGACACGGUAUUUGGGGACACAUGCUCAACACACACCCCGUCACGCUCAAGAACUUGAUACCGGCGUUGACUCAUUUCUAUAUCGAGGUCGAGCAAAUGGGUGCUAGUUCGCAGUUUUAUGACAAAUUCACUGCGAGGAAUAUUGCUUACAUUUUGAAAGCGGUUUGGGAUAAUCCUGUUCACAGAGAUGCUUUGAAUAAGGAAGCUCAGAAUGUGGACAAGUUCAUCCGGUUCAUCAACCUCAUGAUCAACGAUGUCACCUAUCUCAUGGAUGAGUCUCUUAGCGAGCUCACACAGAUUCACAACAUACAGGCCGAGAUGCAUGACCAAACUGCUUGGAAUGAUCGCCCUCAGCAGUACCGACAUGAAUGCGAAGGUACGCUCCGUGGCCUCGAACGGCACGCAUCUGGGUAUAUCACGCUGGGUAGGUCUACCGUCAGUCUUUUGAAAGAUUUCACAGCAGAAACCAAGGGGCCAUUCAUGAUGCCCAAAAUCAUGGACAAGCUCGCGGCUAUGCUGGAUUACAACCUUGAUGCGCUCAAAUACAAGUUCAAUCCCCGUCAGCUCCUGAGCGAUAUUCUGCAAGUGUACAUCAACCUUAGCGAUCAGGAGGAGUUUGUGAGAGCUGUUGCAAAUGACGGGAGGAGUUAUAGGAAGGAAUUACGAGUGCCAUUGAAGACUGAGGCUGAGAUUGGGGUUGUGAGGUCUUUUGUGUCCAAGGUGGAGGAGAUGAAAACUACAAUUGAGGCAGAGGAAGAUUUGGGUGAGGUACCGGAGGAGUUUUUGGACCCUCUCAUGGCCAUGAUCAUGCGUGAUCCAAUUCCAAUCACACUUCCAUCUUCUCGUGCCAUUGUGGAUCGCUUGACUAUCAAGUCUCAUCUGCUCUCUGACUCCAAAGAUCCUUUCAACUGGGUGCCGAUGUUGAUAGAGGAUGUUAUCUCCAAUGUGGAACUUAAAGCACAAAUCGAUGUGUUCAUAACGGAGAGAAGGAACAAGCGGUUGACGAUAGAGGAAGGGAUUGUGAAGAUGGAUGUUUCGACAGAUUGAUC